AUAAUUCCAGAAGAAGCGUCGCAGUUUCUUUGGACCAGCGGUGCCGCCGUACCUGAGCUCAGGCUUUGCCUUUAGACACCGUGUCUGAAAGACUUAAGAGUCCCGGAGGUGUUAGCUCUUUUGAAAUACUCUUCGCUGUGCAACAGUUUGAGGGGUUUGGCUUGAUUUUACGCGCUGCGGACGUUUUAUAAGCUAAGUUAGCCUGUUAGCCGGAGCUGUCACAAUGUUGAGCGUCGCCAAAAGCAUUUCAAGGACUCUGCCCUCACCGACCUGCACCAGAAACGUGUCCUCGUUGGUUAAGAAGGCAUGCUGGAAUGGCUUUCAACCAGAUGCACUCAGAGCCCUUUCCAGGAGGGACUAUGCGUCAGAGGCCAUCAAGGGCUCAGUCAUCGGCAUUGACCUGGGAACCACCAACUCCUGUGUCGCUGUCAUGGAGGGCAAACAGGCCAAGGUGUUGGAGAAUGCAGAGGGAGCGAGGACGACUCCUUCAGUCAUUGCCUUCACAGCAGACGGGGAACGUUUGGUGGGAAUGCCUGCCAAGCGCCAGGCUGUCACCAACCCCAACAACACACUCUACGCCACCAAGAGGCUCAUAGGACGGCGCUUUGAUGAUGCAGAGGUCCAGAAAGAUCUGAAGAAUGUGCCCUACAAGAUUGUGCGCGCAUCAAAUGGUGAUGCCUGGGUAGAGGCUCAUGGGAAACUCUACUCCCCCAGCCAGGCUGGAGCCUUCAUCCUGAUGAAGAUGAAGGAGACUGCAGAGAGCUACCUUGGACACAAUGUGAAGAACGCUGUGGUCACUGUCCCAGCCUACUUCAAUGACUCUCAGAGACAGGCCACUAAAGAUGCUGGUCAGAUCUCUGGUCUGAAUGUCCUGCGUGUUAUCAAUGAACCAACAGCCGCUGCUCUCGCCUAUGGACUGGACAAGACUCAGGACAAAAUUAUUGCUGUCUAUGAUCUUGGUGGAGGUACAUUUGAUAUCUCAGUCCUGGAAAUCCAAAAGGGAGUUUUUGAGGUGAAGUCGACCAACGGAGACACCUUCCUGGGAGGAGAGGACUUCGACCAGCACCUCCUCCAACACAUCGUCAAGGAGUUUAAAAGAGAGUCUGGUGUGGAUCUGACCAAAGACAACAUGGCUCUGCAGAGAGUCAGAGAGGCUGCUGAGAAGGCCAAGUGUGAGCUGUCCUCCUCACUGCAGACGGAUAUCAACCUUCCCUACCUGACCAUGGAUGCCUCUGGUCCCAAACAUCUCAACAUGAAGCUGACCCGCUCCCAGUUCGAGGGCAUUGUUGCUGACCUGAUCCGCCGCACCGUGGCUCCCUGUCAGAAGGCCAUGCAGGAUGCCGAGGUGUCCAAGGGCGAUAUCGGAGAAGUGCUGCUUGUCGGAGGCAUGACCCGCAUGCCAAAGGUUCAACAGACUGUUCAGGACCUGUUUGGCCGCGCUCCCAGCAAAUCUGUCAACCCUGAUGAAGCUGUUGCCAUAGGAGCAGCUAUUCAGGGCGGCGUGUUGGCCGGUGAUGUCACUGAUGUGCUGCUGUUGGAUGUUACACCGCUGUCUUUGGGCAUUGAGACUCUCGGCGGAGUCUUCACCAAACUCAUCAACAGGAACACUACAAUUCCCACCAAGAAGAGCCAGGUUUUCUCCACAGCAGCAGAUGGACAGACUCAGGUGGAGAUCAAAGUUUGUCAGGGUGAGAGAGAGAUGGCGGCCGACAACAAGGUGUUGGGUCAGUUCACCCUGGUGGGCAUUCCCCCUGCCCCACGUGGCGUUCCUCAGAUCGAGGUCACCUUUGAUAUCGACGCAAACGGCAUCGUCCACGUCUCUGCCAAAGACAAGGGAACUGGCCGUGAACAGCAGAUCGUCAUCCAGUCUUCAGGAGGUCUCAGCAAAGAUGACAUUGAGAAUAUGAUCAAGAAUGCUGAGAAGUACGCAGAGGAGGACAGGAGGAGAAAGGACCGAGUGGAGGCUGUCAACAUGGCUGAGGGCAUUGUCCACGACACAGAAUCAAAGAUGGAGGAAUUCAAGGACCAGCUUCCUGCUGAUGAGUGCGCCAAACUGAAGGAGGAGAUCUCCAAGGUCAGGAAUCUUCUGACCAACAAGGACUCUGAAACAGGGGAGAACAUUAAGCAGGCUGCGACCAACCUGCAGCAGGCAUCACUCAAACUCUUUGAGAUGGCCUACAAGAAGAUGGCGUCGGAGCGGGAAGGCAGCAGCAGCAGCAGCAGCGGCUCCUCGAGCUCCUCAGAGGGAGAGAAGAAGGAAGGCCAGCAGUAGAACACCCUCUGACCUUUGCACUUGGUUGUUGUGGGAACACCAUGGCAACGGAGGAUUGUGGGGCUGGGGCUCUAGGGUGGGGAGGGGGCAGCAGUCCUGAGUGACGUGCUGCAUCUUAGUCGUUCUCACCAUAAUGUAAUAUAAUAUUCUACUGUUUUGGCAGUACAAUAAUAUAGUGAAGAUAAAAUAAUGCCUAUGUAUGUUCCUCCAAACCCUAUGAUAUCCUGUCUGUUUAUAAUUUAAUUGUCCAAGCACGAUUUAUCCUAUCUUGUUCGAUUUUAUUUUAUUUUACAGAGCUGUUAAUUGUCAUUCUGAGGUAGUGAAACUGUGCAGAUUUGUUGAAGGCAUCAUCUAGGAUUCAUUUUUGGCUCCAUCUCUGUCUGGUCAUUUAAUGCGGCAAAUCAAAACUCUGCUUUUUUUAUCGCUCCAGUCAGUUUAUGUUCUGUUUCUGCACUGCUUUGGGGUGUGUUGAGUCAAAUGAAUCCUUUCACACUGUUUGGGUGCAGAAGACAGGCGUGUUUCACACCAGACCUUGUAAACCUCCCUCAUCAUGUGUAAUGUACAGUGCUCCAUGUCAGACGUAGCUGUGGUGGUUUUAACAGUGUGCUCACAGCAGCUGGUAGGCAGGAAGUGGAUUAGAUCAGCAUCUGGACCGGGCUGUUUGAAAUGUGUUUGGCCUCACCCUCAUCCUCUCCUCAGGUCUGAAGACCCUCCCACUCCCCGGUUGUGCUUAACGCACUCUAAAGAUGUAUCAACUCGUGUGACACUGCAACAACCACACUGCUUUCAUGUCAUUGUCUCUAGUCUUUUGAAAUCUUGGAAAACGCUUCUGCUCCAUUCGAUGCCUGAAAAUGUGAUCUGAUUCCCCCUCUGGACCUCUGGCCUUUUCUACAGGUUUAAUAGUCCAGGGAUCAUUCAGGCUAGAGUGGAAGUCAUAGAUACAGAUUGAACUAUAUCUGAUACUAUAGUUGGAAAGUGGAGUAUAUAUAGUAUCUGUCUGGAUGAGUGUAUGAGGACAAGAAUGAGAUUUCAGUUGAAAGAAAAAAAACAUUCUGUUCUUGUAUUAGGUGAAGAAGAAUGUAAGGCUUUGAUUUUUUGAGAAAUCCCUCCUUUUAGUUCAUUGCAUCCUCUCCCGCGGUGCUCUUCCUGAAAACAAACGGGACUGUUAAGAGUUCAAAAUGAACUGUUGUCCCUCCUAUUGCUUGUGCUCAUGUCAGGCAAAUCAGAAGUCUCGAAGUGUGGAUUCAGCCAAUGAAAAUUUACCAUCUGCCUUGCACAACGUCCAAUCCUGUGGGAGGCAAUGAGAGGACGAGUUAGGAUGCAAGGAACCAGUAAAGGACUCAGAAAUAGGAGCCCAGCCGUGUCAUUCCCCCCCAGGAGGAAGUUGUGUUGCCAUAAACUGUUCUAUAUGGUGUGAAGACUGCUGCUGGCCUGCCGGAUAAUGAGCCGUUACGCUCAGUGUACAAAGAGGCAGGCAGACGGCCGCUCACUGGUGAAUUGCAAGAGGACUGGUUAUGUUUUUUGGGGGUGUGAUAUUAUUACUGGAGUGAAAAUUGGGGUCUCAAUUACUGUUGUCUUUUCUAAUAAAAAGUUCAAUUUGA